AUGCCCACGGCAGCUGGACGUUCCAUAUCCCCCUUUGCUGACAUCCCCACAGGCGGCGGUUCUUCACGCGGACGGGGUCGCGGUCGGGGCCGUGGCAGGGGAAGUGCACGCGGCCGUCGCCAGUCGCGCAAUCGCGCACGCCCAGGCCAGGAUUCCUUCUCCUCUACGCGCACCUCCCCGAAUACUUCGCAUGGGAGCAUCCCUGAUCUUUCCGUUCUCGUUGAAAACCCCCUUCCCAUCCCACGCGGCCGGGGACGCGGCGCGAAACGUCGAGGAACAUCCAGUGGUCGCACAACACGCUCCACUCACUUGACUGAUCUCAAUCUUCCUCAUACCUCCUCACAAAGCCCUACAGAGCUAUCCGAUCGAUUAUCUGCACAAGUCGCACGCGGAGCGGUCGAAUGUGUCGUCUGCCUGGAGCGAAUUAGGCGCGCGGCCCCGAUCUGGCAUUGUGAUGUCUGUUUUACCCUCACACAUCUACACUGUGCUCGCAAGUGGGGAAACCAGACGGCCCAAGCGAACACUCAGUCACCUACCAGCUUUAAUUGUCCUGGAUGUCGAGCCCCGUCCGGGAAUCCGAAAUCAAUCCACUUCAAGUGUUUUUGCGGCCGACGCAGAAAUCCCCAACUCGAACCCGGUGUCUUACCCGGGAGCUGCGGAGACCCUUGUCUAAGGCCGAGAGGUGCCAAGGGGAGCGGCUGUCCCCACAAAUGCACAAGUUUGUGCCAUCCAGGUCCAUGCGCCCCGUGCGUAGUCCAAGCGUCCCCAACGCGCUGUCAUUGUGCCAAAGAAAUGAUAUUCAGAAAGUGUGGAGAACCACUACCGAUUGAUGGAGUCUCCUGUGGAGGUAUAUGCGGAAAACACAGAGAUGCCUGUUCACACCCAUGCGAAAAGGUUUGUCAUCCUAGGAACGAUGGGCUUGGUUGCGGCGAAUGCGAAGCCAUGGUGGAAGUCAUUUGCUACUGCGGGGGAAACCAUACGACUCUUCCUUGUUCAGUCGCAUCAGAGCAAUAUGCUUGCGGGAGUAUUUGCGGGCGUAUGCUGGACUGCGGUAUCCAUGAAUGUGACAGACGUUGCCAUCCAGGAAAUUGCGGUCCCUGCGCCACAAGCGCUACUAGCGUCAACUCCUGUGCAUGCGGCAAGACUUUACUUUCUAUCGAAGCGAAAGAGGCACGAAAAUCUUGUACAGAUCCAAUACCAAGCUGUGGAGGCAUUUGUGAAAAGGAUCUCGGGUGUUUAGGAGGGCACAUGUGCCAGGAUACAUGUGCCCAUUACGGCAGAUGCAAGCCUUGUACGACAGAGGUCAUGGUCGAAUGCAGGUGCGCCGCGACAGUGGUCAAGGUAAUUUGCGGGGAAAAGCCAGACGUACUGCGGGAGCGCCUUGUGUGCAGUAAGAAAUGCAACGAAGGGCAGACGUGUCGGCGGCAUCGUUGCCAAACGAUUUGCUGCUUCUUCAAGAAAAGAAAGGCGUUGCCAAGGCCCAACGUCGUAUCUAGCGAGAAUUUGUGGGUGAGUGUGCUAGGAUCCUCAUACAGCCCAGGGCUGACGAACGCGGAAAGGCGGCGGAUCGGACAUGGAUGCAACGAGCUUUGCGGGAAAGAGCUGUCUUGUGGCAUCCAUGAAUGCGAUAUUGCUUGCGGGCACCACGGAGCGUGCCCGCCGUGCGGCAUCUUAUCCAGAGAACCUCUCUUUUGCGCGUGUGGAUCUGCCUCAAUACCGCCCCCAGUACGGUGUGGAACUCCACUGCCGUCAUGUGGCAAGACUUGUUCAAUUGUUAGAGAGUGUGGUCAUCAAUGCCCUCUCCACUGCCACGAGGGUGAGUGUCCUCCGUGCGCGGAGAACAUGUUGUUUGAAUGCAUCGGUGGCCAUGGCGAAAGUCGUUUCGUUCCCUGCCAUGUAGGUGGAAGAGGGAUCAAGUGCUCAAGAGCUUGUGGACGAGCGCUACGCUGCGGUGUUCAUGCCUGCAGAAAUGCAUGCCACGGGAACUAUCCAAAUGAAUGUGAGCCCUCUGCCGUUGAGGGAUGCUCACAGCCGUGUGGCCUGGCCCGUAAGAAAUGCAUGCAUGCUUGUCCGAGCAAUUGUCACCCCGGCAUGCUAUGCCCAGAUACACCAUGUCGCGAAAUGAUAGUUGUGUCUUGCCCUUGUGGCAGACGACAAGAGCAAGCCGAGUGUUUGCGGGGUGGAAUGGGUGGAUCGCGAGAAGAUGGGGAUGACGUCCGACUAACGUGCGACGAGGAGUGUGCAGGACAAAGCCGCUUGCGAGGAUUUGCAAGGGCUGUUGGGAAGGACGGAGGAUCCUCUCUGGGUGACGCCUCCGGGGCUGCUCCAGCACGAUACAGUGAGUUCCUGCUUCAGUUUGCAGAACGAGAAACUGGAAUGCUAGCAUUUUUCGAGCGUGAGUUUGGGAAGAUUGUCGGCGGCAAGGCCAAGAAAUUUGUCCUUGACGACCUUCCGCAGUUGCAUCGGCUUGUCGUGCACACGCUGGCAGACGAGUACUACAAGCUCGAGUCGGAGUCAUCAGGCCGGCCUACCAGUCGACAACUCGUUGUGCGCCACCGUGGGGCCGGUGUAAAGCCAGUUCUCCCACGCCCCUUGCUCUCAGAAGCUCUUGUCGCACGAGAGCAUGAAAAGCGGAAGUUCAGGCAACUUGAAUCUGGGAGAACUCUAGUGAUACAUGUUGCCGGUUCUACACGAUACCCUGCGACUGCCACCAUUGAGGGGAGAGUGGAAUCCGAAUUAAGAGAUCAUGUUGGAUUUUACCGUGUCAUAGAGAGAACGACUAUGUCUUCUAAUCUCAUCGGCAUCAGCGUGCAGUUUAGCACCUCAGAACGUGCCUUGCUCGCACAGAACACACUAGCUACGAAGCCGGGUGUCUCGGUUGAGACACCGUCGCAACCCCUAGAAGCCAGGAUUUCUGCAUCCCGCCAGGGAGCGAAUAAAACAGAGGACCGCAGCUUCGCAGCAAUGGCGAGUCAGUCAUGGAACGAAGGAACUGAGGUUGGAAGAAGAGAACUCAGGAACGGACUGCCGGCCGCGCCACCAACUUCUGUAAUGGGUGAAGACGUGCCUGACUCAUGGGAUGACUAG